UGCAUCGUAGGAAGACGGUUCUUACAGUUACUUGAAAAAUCAAACUUGAUUAUCACUAAGACAAACAGAUUAAAGAUGUAUUGGAAAGCAUUUCUGCUAAUAUUGUCCCUUCUUGUUCCGCAACAUAUGUUUUCUCCUGUUUCUAGUAGAAGCGAAGACACAGAGGGAUUCGAUGAUGUAAAAGAUUUAGAAAGUCUUCGCAACGAAAAUGCUAAAUCAAACACCACAGAGAAAAUGGAUCAUGUAGACACAACAGUUGCUAAGGACGCAUCACCAUCUCCUCAUCCUCAUCCUGAAGGUGACGAAGAUCCAGAGAAUGAACUAGAACCUCAAGCUAACAGCAGAAGUGCUAUUUUUCGCCAUAGAGGAAUUACUCAAGCAAAAAAGAGUAAAUACACCGGAGACAAGAAUAUUCAAAUGAAUGGCGGCUACAAUAAAUAUGGAGGUAUACAAUACUCGCCUACUGACUUGGCUGCUUAUGUAUUUAGCACUGGCGAUGAAGAAGGUGUUGCAGUUGCAGUUGAAGAACUUGUUCGGGAGGGCAUGAUGGGACGAACCGAUGCAAUCAACUACCUUCAAGACGUAAAGCAGGUUCUGAACUAUCUGAAGGAACAAUAUGAACAACAGAAAAAAAUUCAAGAAUUUAAGAAUCAAAUGUAUUCUAAGCAGCAAAUCCCACAGAGAUUCCCUAAUAUUCCUCGGGAACAGUUCAUGCCACAGAUGCUUUUAAAUGAAAAACGUGAACAGCCCAAAGCUCCAGAAUUCCCACCUGCUGCUGCUCCCACUACUGAGGCACCUAAUCAGAUUGCCAUCGCAUCUACCACAGAGCCUAAAGGGAUAACGCAUUCUGCCAGCACGACUGUAAGACCUAAGUUGGAUUCAUCGACUAUGGAAUCUUUCAAAGAUGAAAGUAUAAAGCGAAGAUUGUCACAGCAAGUUGAAAAUUCUUAUGAAUUCACUUUUGAAGUCAUUUACAAACUUGCUAAGGAUAUGUUUGCUCAGAGUAUACUGAAAGAUGACCCUGUAGCAGAGGAGACACUUUCAAGUUUAGUUUCUUUCCUUGAGAGUGAAGUGGGAAACAAAAGGAUUUCACCAGAAAUGAAGGAGAAAGUUUUAGAGGUUGUCUCUCAUGCUCUCGUUGAUAGCUUGCGUGAGUAUGAAAGGAUGAUGCCUCAAAAUCAAGUACCGUCUAUUGAUGAAGGAAGUUUUUACCGUCAUCUCGCUGGACUAAGUGGAUCUCCAUCUCAAAGUGGUGGAAUGCCUGAAGCUUAUCGCAAAUUAUCUCUCGGAACUCAUAACGACGCUCUUUCCCUAGCAUCAAAAGCGAAUCGCCCGAAGUCAAGUUAAUUGGACAGUGGAACCAAUUGCGAAGACUUGAUAAAGUAAUUAGGCCUGUUUUACAAGAAGUUGCGGAAAGCGUCUCCCCUCAUAUCCCAACCACUUUCCUUAUUCCUGUAUGCAAAAGACCUGUUUAACCUACCCAUAUGCAUAUUAGUUUCGCUUGUCAGUUUGCACGAUGGCAUUGAUGUGAUACAAUACACUUCAAAGAGCGCUGCUGGCAGUCCGCUUGACACUGUCCAUUGAAAUAUAUCUGUAAUUACACUCUCAGCGUAGACAUAAUUUGUUAUCGCAAUUAAGGUUUGCAGUUGAAAUUUCAAACUGCAUAUAGUAAGUUUAAGAUUUUUUUCUCUUUUAUUGCAAAACAUGUAAUUAUUUCAGCUUCUUCUAAAAUUUGACUUGAGGGUUACAGGUCUUCCAUAGUUUUUACGAGAACGACUUUGAAUAGUGAUAAGAAGACGGUUUCAUGUAUGUUAUCUCGUAUUUAGGUAGUUAGAAAGAAUUAAAUUUAUAAAAUUUAUCAACUUAUGAAUCAAAAACAGUAUUUCAUAACAGUGAUGAGCAGUUAAUAAUGUAUGUAUCAGACAUUUUGAGGUACUGUUGAAAAUUUAAUUAAAAACCAAUGAAACAAAGAUAUUUUGUAGUAUUAAACAAACGCUACGUGCACUUAUGUAAAUAUGUGUGGAUAUAAACAUUAUUGAUAGCUCUUAUUUAAUUGCAUGGUACAUUAUAAUCUGAAGUAAAUAAUAUAAGGAUCGAAUAAAAGGCUACCUUUGUGUUGGAGAAGUUGCGUCAAAUUUAUCUUAUAUUUUUAAACAGAGGAUAUCUAAUUUUACACUCAAAAGCAAUAUUUAUUAUAGCGAUUUGAUUAUUAGAAUAUAAUCAGCAAAAAUUACACACAGUGCAAUUUAUGGCUGAUAUUUUUAUGUAAAUAACGGGUCAAUGAUGCAAAUAAAAAUGAAAAUGAGACUUGGAUUUGAUUAGAGAAGAAUUUUUCUUGAGUAGUUAAUACGACUACGAAUUUCAAGAUUUAUUUUUAACGGAUGUAAAUAAAAUUAUAUGCCUGUUUUUAUCCUAUAAAAAUAUCUUAUCUUACAAAUAUACAAAAUCAAAAAGAUUAUGAAAUAUUUAAAGACAUUGCAUAUCAAUUCGAAUAUUGAAUAUAACUGAAAUAAAUUUUUUCGGCCAGGUGAUAUUUAAAUGCUUAAAACCAUAUGUUUUUGAUGUAAAAUCAUAUUUUUUCAUCACUUUUUAAUCAUCACUCAAAUUCGAGGAAAAAAAAUUCAAAUACUUUUUUUUUCGAUUAUUUUUUAUACAUGUAAGAGAUGCAUCGGGUUUAUGUUAUUCUCUUUAACGUCAGUGAACGUCUUGGCAAGUAUAAAAAGUUGAGAGAUUGGAAAAUAACAAAUCUGAAUUUGAAUCAGUUUUUUUAAUUUGUUUUAUUUUUAUUUGAUCUCUAGGUCACUUUAUGAUUCAAAUAUUAAUUACAUAAAAAUUGUUUCUGCUUUUUUUCGGAAGUGAAGUAGAUAAUAUUACAUUUAACACCGUUUUAGUACAGCUAUCAUGAUACAUGUGCACUUAUCCCAUGAGUGUAUUAAUAUAACUAUAUUCGAAAUUUAAACACUCAAUUGGAUAUAAACUGGUUACACAUCACUUAAAUGUUCUUAGAACUAUCCGAACUAGAGGAUUAGUUCUGUUACAGUUGUAUGUUUCUGAGAUUUUUGUAUAACUUAUAUACCAAACACUAAAACACAGCAUUUUCCCUUAAUAUUACAAAAAAAGUUUUGUAGUUAGUAUAACGCAUACCGAAUACAAUGCAAAUACAACGUAUUUAUUUUGUUUGCUAUACCCCUUAGGUCAGUUACUAUAUCAUUGUAAUUAACAUUAAAAAUAUUCGCCUUCUUCACAACUUAUUCAGAGGAUAUAGAUAUCAAAAUGACACAAGGAUUUUGAAAUGUAACACAUAGAUUCUAGUCUUUACAGUGUAAAUAACGGAAAAACAUAUCUAUAAAUAUGAAAAUGUAACAAAAUCAAAAUUGUUCUUUUGUUCAUUUAAAAAAAAAAUAUGCUUUGAAAGUCAAUAACUGUAACAAUGCAAUCACAAAUGAUGUAAUUCUUUUCACAAUGUACAUUGCUUUGUGUAUGUUAAUAAACUGUACUGUUAUGUUUAA